AUGGGGAUUUAUCUGGCGCUGGAGAUUGCAGCGGCCGAAGAAGAUGUCCCGCGCAACAUUCCUUGUCGAACCUCACGUCUACAAGGCAGAUAUUACAUAGAGGAAGUUCUUGGAAAUGACACAAGGUGUUACGAGAAUUUCAGGAUGAACCCUCACGUAUUUCAUAACCUGUGCGAUACGUUAAGAGCAAACUGUGGAAUCAGAAAUAGCAGGAAUGGUAUGACCGUCGAGGAGAUGGUCGGCAUGUUCUUAAUGGUAGUUGCACAUAGUACUCGCUUGGCCGUGGUUGCCAAACGAUUUCAGCAUUCUAAGAAGACGGUGUCACGAGUCAUCAAGAAUUGCAUUGGAGCAAUCGAUGGGACCUAUGUGUCUGCUUGUGUUCCAUCAUCGGUGAGAGGCGCGUACCGCGAUCGGAAUAACGAAAUUACGCAAAAUGUACUCACCGCUUGUUCGCAUGACAUGAUGUUCCCUUAUGUCGUCACUGGAUGGGAGGGUUCUGCUCAUGACUCUCGAAUUAUGUCCGAUGCCGCUACAUUGGAAUUAUUUCCUGCACUAUAUGGCGAACAAUAUUAUGUAGUUGAUGCGGGAUUCCCUAAUAUUCCCGGUUAUCUGGCUCCUUACAAAGGCCAAAGAUUAUUCGAAGAGUAUGGAAAUGCAUGGGAAUAUUACGAUGAAUUCCGAAAUCCUCCGCAUCUAAUUGGGGAUCGGGUUGAUGUAGACAUGAGAAGCAGGGAAAUGAAUGCAUUACGUAAUCGUAUUGCAAAUGCAAUAUGGAAUGCGGAAACAAUAGGAAACCGGUAA